GCGGCGCAGCUACACGGGAGCGGCGGGAGGGGUUCAACGUCUCCUUGUGAGCCCAGCGUCCCUGAGGCAGCGAGCGGGGUUAUAACUGCAAAGCCGAGGACUGGAGAUCGAGCGGUGACACUUCCUGUGGUCGGCGGCUAAAAGAUACUUCUAAUUGUCUUAAAAUCAGCCACGCAGCGAGCCAACAGUUCGGAGUCCUAUAAGCGAUUGCUCUAUUAAUCCAUUUUACUGCAGAGCCCACACACAGUGGAUUUGGCAUGUCCAAGAAGGUGGAAAAAUGGCAUGAGGCUGGAAACGAGGCAACGAGCACGAGCAGAAGUUCCAACCAGACCAUGGAUUCUGCUCUUCACCUCAACAGUCGGCAGUAGUUUGAGGAUAACUUGAAGUACAUCAUUACGGUGGAGCAUGAUGCAGAGAGCUUAGAAAGAAAAAGGGCUCAGCACAACGCUGUUCUGACUGGCAAACUGAGGUCUGGAAACGAACAGAGCUAAAUUGUAGAACUCAUUAGCACAAGAUCCUAUGGAUGCCAAAUUUUACAUGCAUUCAAGGAACAAAUAAAGUAACAGAAAAAAAAUAAAGCCAUGAAGAGCUUGUUAAUCCUAAAGAAUCCGUCUUUCAGGAAAGUGCUGUGGUACAAAGCCUUCGCGGCUAAAAGAGCGUUUCAGGGCUGCCAUAAGGACUGCACAGCUGGAGUGUGUACAGGCAAAACAGCAAAGCAAAUGGCUGAAUCUUUCAAGGCUUCAGAUUUGAUUAUCACCCCAGCUACAACUUUCAAGGAAAAGCCAGACCCCAGUGGUUUGGUAUUUGGAGCUGUGUUCACUGAUAAUAUGCUGACAAUUGAGUGGUCCCUGGCUUCUGGAUGGGAGAAACCUUAUAUUAAGCCACUUGAGAACCUCUCAUUGCAUCCAGCCUCCUCAGCUCUGCAUUAUGCUUUAGAAUUGUUUGAAGGAAUGAAGGCUUACCGAGGAGUAGAUGGCAAAAUCCGCCUCUUCCGGCCGUCUCUCAACAUGGACAGGAUGGUGCGAUCAGCAAGACGAGCAGCUCUGCCAUGUUUUGACCAGAAUGAGCUGUUACAGUGCAUCCGGAAGCUUGUAGAAGUGGAAAAGGAGUGGGUCCCAUACUCAACCAGUGCCAGCCUAUAUAUCCGUCCUACCUUAAUUGGAACUGAGCCUUCCCUUGGAGUGAAGAAGCCGACUAAAGCCCUACUGUAUGUCAUACUGAGCCCUGUGGGUCCCUACUUUGCAAGUGGAAGCUUUAAUCCAAUAUCCUUAUGGGCAGAUCCAAAAUAUGUAAGAGCCUGGAAAGGAGGAACGGGGGACUGCAAAAUGGGAGGGAAUUAUGGUGCUUCUAUUUGUGCCCAGCAAGAAGCCAUGGAGUUAGGCUGCCAGCAGGUUUUGUGGCUCUAUGGAGAAGAUCACCAAAUAACUGAAGUUGGAACAAUGAAUCUGUUUCUCUACUGGAUAAAUGAAAAUGGAGAAAAUGAACUGGCAACCCCACCUUUAGAUGGCAUCAUCCUUCCAGGAGUGACAAGACAAAGCAUUUUGGAUCUGGCACGCAACUGGAAAGAAUUUAAAGUGUCUGAGCGAUACAUUACCAUGAGUGACCUGACAGCUGCCUUGGAAAAGAACAGAGUAAAGGAGAUAUUUGGUGCUGGAACAGCUUGUAUUGUAUGCCCUGUCUCUAAAAUUUUAUAUAAGGGCAAGCAUUUGCACAUUCCAACUAUGGAGAAUGGACCUCAGUUAACAACCCGUCUCCUGAAUAAACUGAGUGACAUCCAGUAUGGAAGAGAAGACAGCGACUGGACAGUGCUGGUGUCGUGAAGGUGGAAGAGUCAGACCCUCCAGGCAGAACAGACAUGAAUAAUGACAACUUCUGUAGCUGCCUGUGCGUAGCUUAGUUUCUGUAUCGGUUUGCUCCCCAGGGUGAUUGUUUCCACAAUCUGGCAAAUUGUGAACACAAUCAUUUUGAUUUCUACUGUAAUCCUGUUACUAGAAGCCUGUUUUCCUGGUAGAGGUUCUAAAUGUUAGCAAUAGAACUUUCCUAAGAGUUUUCUUAGUGCCUCCUUGUGUCUUAUGUACAGUCUAAAAACUUGUAAAACAUUCUUCAACUGCUCUUCAGUUUGUUUGUUUUACUUUAGCUGCUAUCACCAGCAGAGCACAUUGUCAUAUAACAAAGACAUUGCCUGUUGGUUGGCCACAGGGUUCUACUGACGUUAUUCUGCCUUUUGCUCGGUGUUCGGGAAGCAAUUAAGUUUAGCCAUACAUUCUUUCCUUUCAUAAUUUGCUUGUGUGGGGCAUUCCUUAUCUUGCAUAGCGCUCUAGAUCUCUUCAUGCAUACUCUGUCAAAUAACAGCUCUGUCCUUCAGGCCAAAAUUUUCUGAGUUGAUCUAGCCUGCAGUAUGCUCUUGGUUGGCCUAUUGCCUUUCCCUCCAUGGGGAUAUGCAGCAACAGCUUGGGCAGUGAAUACCUCUCUAAAAGUUGACGACAUCCUUCCAUUUAUGAUGUACUGGGCUGGGGCAGGCCCUGCUGAGACAAGAAUCACCUUUCACUUGGCUGAGCACAGAGCUGGGCACUGCAGACAGUGUUGUCUUCCAGGUGAUUGUCUAGAAAA